GAAGCUAUAAGAUUUAUUCCAGCUUUUGCAGGAAACAUUCAGCUUAAAGUAAAGUUCAGUAGCGACGCCUUACAAUGCACAUCUAUAUCUGUAAAUGAUAUCAUUGCUUUCAAUCCAACUCUUAAAGUUGCAUUUGCUUCAGAUUCAAAUCCACCGACAAAUAAAUUUGUUCCAUGGAAUGAACCAUUCACUAUGAUAACGAAGGCAGUAGAAGCUAGUGGAACAGUUACUAUUACAACUGUAACCCAGCAACUAUUUCGAACAAAGAUGGAUUUUAAUGAAUGUUUCAUUCAUCCAAAGUCAUUCUCUUUAGACCCUAACAUUUAUACAGAACUUGUAGAACAUUAUACAAACGAGGCUUUAUGUUUUCCUGUUAAAGUUAUGGAUUGGAUUCCUAUGGACGGUUCAUUCUCAAAGAAUACAGAUAGUUCAAGUGCAACAUUUACAGCAGCUUAUACGCCUAUUAAUGUUAAAAGUAUUUGGGCACUAUUUAGAAAGAAAGACAACUAUUAUGUUAAUUUUGAGAACCCUAAGUUUAAAUAUCUUCAGCUUUCCAUGGGAGCUUAUGGAAAUAUGCCUGCAGAACCUGAAAAAUCAUAUGGACCUGUAUUUUAUGAAAUGGUUGCGAACGCUUGCAAUACAAACAAUGAUAUGAUAGGAUUUAAUGAAGAUGUUAUGAGGUCAUUGGUGGAUGAUGGUAGUGUGGAACAUAAAUGGGAUAGCUAUGACAACACACAUUUCUUAUGUGGUUUUCCAACAGAAGUGGACUUUUGCUUCCAACAAGGUCAAACAUCUACUGCUCCAAUAACAUACAAAUUGUCUGUUAAAGGACCUAUUGAACUAGCAACUGAAAACGUACCAAAGCCACUUAUUGGAUUUAUGAGGGAUUGUUGCUUUGCAAUACAAGUAAGACAGUCAGGCAUACCAAUAAUAAGACUUGACGACUAUAACUUAGCAACUGACGACAGUGAGGAAUAA